UCACAAGCGAAACAAGUAUUUUAUGUGAAUGAUCCUUCAGACAACCAAUGGUCAAUUGUUCUUCCAACGCAAACAAGAGAAUGGAACAUUAAAGAUGGUGAUUUACAUGAUAUACCUCUCGAAGAAGAACUUGUCACAUUCACCGCAAUAGAAGAUAAUGACGAAGUUGAUGAUGAUUGUAUUUGUUUCCGUGAAAAUGGUGAAGGAUUGUGGGUUGAUGAUAAUGGGUCUUGAGAUGGAGGCUGAUCCUUUUGGUGGUAGUUCUGAUGAGGGAGAGCAACGCCCUAAUUCUCAGUCAGUGGAGCAAGAAAAUAAAUCUGUGAGAGGACGUACAUGGAUGUCUAGAAACACCAAAAAAAGGAGUGAAGGACAUCUUACUCCUGUUGAAUACAAUGAGUAUGGUCAACUAGUGGGUGGAUCUAGAAGUAAUGUUUCAUCACAGCUUGGAUCAGUUGUUCGAGCAACUGUGUCCAUCAACAUUAACAGUUGGAAAGAUGUUAGUGUGGUGGAUAAAAAUAAAAUAUGGGACACAAUGAAGAAAACUUAUGAUUUGGACCCCAAACAAAAGCAACAGAUGUUGAAGGAUGCGGGAAAGUACUUCCGAAAUUGGAAGACUAAUCUUACUAGGGUACACGGCUGA